AUGAGACGUCUUUCUCGUUUGUUAAACGGCAGCAACGACAACGCAGCAGAACCCCUGCCGACAGAGAGCAAAUGGAUCGUGGAAGAACGCUCUAUUGACGAAGCUCGCCCUCUACGAGUUGUCAUAAUCGGCUCUGGUAUUUCAGGUAUCAUCUCUUCCGUCAGAUUCAGACAGCGAAUUGCCAAUGUAGACCUCUGCGUCUAUGAGAAGAAUGCAGACGUUGGCGGUACUUGGCUUGAGAAUCGGUACCCCGGAUGUGCAUGUGACAUACCCGCACACACGUACCAGGCCACAUUCGAACCGAACAAAGAGUGGUCGACAUUCUAUGCUACGGCUCCCGAGAUUUAUCAAUAUUGGAAGCGUGUAGCCAGCAAGUAUGGCUGUGAGAAGCAUAUCAAGUUCAAGCAGCAGGUCGUGCAGGCUGUAUGGGACGAGAAGAAGAGCAAUUGGCAGCUUCAGGUCCAAGAUGUCGAUUCUGGCUCGGUAUACUCGGAUGAAGCCGAUGUACUCAUCUCAGCAACCGGUGCGCUGAAUAAUUGGAAGUGGCCUGAUAUCCCUGGCCUUCAUGACUUCAGGGGCAAAUUAAUGCACAGUGCCAAGUGGGAUGAGAGUUAUGAUUAUAGCGGCAAGAAAACUGCUGUGAUUGGAAACGGGUCGAGUGGUAUCCAGGUUGUUCCUGGCAUGCUGCCAAAGGUCACACAUUUAGACCACUAUAUCAGGGGUCGAACAUGGCUCUCGCCAACGCUUGCUCGGGAUGAAAUUGACAAGCGAGGUGCUGGUCUAGAAAACUUCUCCUUCAGCCCGGAAGAGAUUGAAGAAUUCAAGAAAGACCACCAGAAGUACCAGAGAUUUCGUAAAGGGGUUGAAUUGGAACUGCAAUCCGUUCACGGAGCAACAAUUACCGGCACACCAGAACAAGUCGGGGCGCGAGGAAUCUUCCUGGAGAACAUGAAACGGCGCCUGGCAGGGAACCCCGCUCUCAUUGAUGACUUGAUUCCAUCCUUCCCACCCGUUUGUCGAAGACUUACGCCAGGCCCCGGGUACCUCGAAGCCCUAACGGACGACAAGGUAGAUGUCGUCACCUCGCCAAUCGUCAAGGUCGACACAGAGGGCAUCAUCACAGCUGAUGGAAAGCACCACCCGACUGACGUCCUCGUCUGCGCCACUGGAUUCGACACAACCUUCACACCCCGCUUCCCCAUCAUCGGCCGUAAUGGAGUUUCCUUAGCGCAGCGAUGGAAACAGACCCCAGAAACGUAUUUAUCGCUUGCUGUUGAUGGAUUCCCGAACUACUUCAUUUGUCUAGGCCCCAAUGCGGCUCUAGGUGAAGGAAACUUGCUUCUCUUAAUUGAAAAGGAAAUUGAUUAUUUCACUGAAUGCGUGAUGAAGAUGCAGCGCGACAAUAUUCGGGCGAUCGGACCUCGGAAGGAAUCCGUGGCGCGCUUCACCAAGCAUUGUGAUCAGUACUUCUUGCGCACGGUAUUCAGUGAGAAAUGUCGAAGCUGGUAUAAGGGUGGAACGGAGGAUGGGAGAGUGACGGCUGUGUGGCCUGGAUCUUCCCUUCAUUCCAUGAAAGCCCUGGCACAUCCUCGCUGGGAAGACUAUGAGUAUGAGUACGUCGACGAUAACCCCAACGGCUGGAUUGGAGAUGGUUGGACGGAGAAUGAGAAGUACAAGAGGAUCAACGUAGAUUAUCUAGAUGAUGACCAGGUCGACUUUCCAAGCGUGGUUGUUGACAACAGAGAAGUCCCAGCAGCUGGUGUCACUGCUGAUUGA